AACCAAACAAGAGAGAAAAAAAAAUGAGGUCCCCAUACCAUGUGAUCAUAGCCGUAUUUUUGUUCAUUUGUACGACCUUGUCUCAUAUUUGCAUAGCCCAAAACUCCCCUCAAGACUUUCUAGAGGUGCACAACCAGGCUCGUGCAGAGGUUGGUGUUGGUCCUCUCACAUGGAACCACACCCUCGAAGCCUAUGCUCAAAAAUAUGCGAAUGAGAGAAUCCCUGACUGUGAUCUCCAACACUCUAUGGGCCCUUUUGGUGAGAACCUUGCUGAGGGUUAUGGCGAAAUGAGGGGUUCAGAUGCUGUUAAGUUUUGGCUCACUGAGAAGCCUUACUAUGACUACCACUCUAACUCUUGUGUCCAUGAUGAGUGCCUCCAUUACACUCAAAUUGUUUGGCGUGAUUCCGUUCAUCUUGGGUGUGCUAGAGCUAAGUGUAACAAUGGCUGGGUUUUCGUCAUUUGCAGCUAUUCUCCACCGGGAAACAUUGAAGGCGAAAGACCUUAUUGA